AUGAGCGAGGAAGCAACCUGGCAGGCAAGCGAGCAGUACGCGACCGCCGCGACAAACAUCGUUACUGCGGGCUUCAACGGUGUCGAAAUCCACGGCGCCAACGGCUACCUCUGCGAUCAGUUCCUCCAGACGAGAUUCAAUAAGAGUAUUGACGUGUGGGGCGAAAGCAUCGAGAAUUGUGCACGUUUCGACGUUGAGAUGACGAAGGCUGCUGUUGCGGCGGCAGGUGCAGAUAGGGCGGCUAUGCGCCUGAGCCCGUACAGUGACCUUGGCGGGAUGCUCAUGGAGGACCCAGACCCGAGCUUCCGGAAUCUCUAG